AGGAUAACGACGGGCUGGGAGAGGCAGAGGUGGGAAGCAGGGUGAUGGCAGCCAGGGGGGGCUGCAGCCUAUGGAGUAACGGUUUGCCACGUCCCUUUGGCCCCCCCUGUUUAGAUGGUACAGCAUCCCUACAGCCCUGCUCCCAGCUCCCCCCAGCACUGUGAGCUGACUGUGAUCCCAGCAUCCCCUUUUCUGUUCCCCAGGAUGGGAAUCCAUGGCCUGGCCAAGCUUAUUGCCGAUGUGGCUCCUAGCGCCAUCCGGGAGAAUGACAUCAAGUCUUACUUCGGCCGGAAGGUUGCUAUAGAUGCCUCUAUGAGCAUCUACCAGUUCCUGAUCGCCGUGCGACAGGGAGCUGAAGUCCUUCAGAAUGAGGAUGGCGAGACCACGAGCCACCUGAUGGGCAUGUUCUAUCGGACCAUCCGCAUGGUGGAGAAUGGCAUCAAGCCGGUUUAUGUCUUUGACGGCAAAGCCCCGCAGCUGAAAUCAGGGGAGCUGGCAAAGCGGACUGAGCGCCGGGCUGAGGCUGAGAAACACCUGCAGGAGGCUCAGGAGGCCGGGGAGGAGAUCAACAUCGAGAAGUACAGCAAGAGGCUGGUCAAGGUAACCCAGCAGCACACCGAUGAGUGCAAGAAGUUACUAACGCUGAUGGGAAUCCCCUACGUGGAGGCGCCGGGGGAGGCCGAAGCCAGCUGCGCUUCCCUGGUGAAGGCUGGGAAGGUCUACGCAGCUGCCACGGAAGAUAUGGAUUGCCUGACCUUUGGCAGUCCUGUCCUGAUGCGGCAUCUCACAGCCAGCGAGACCAAGAAGCUGCCUAUCCAGGAGUUCCACCUGAACCGUAUUCUGCAGGAUCUAGACCUGACCAGGGAACAGUUUGUGGAUCUCUGUAUCCUCCUGGGCUGUGACUACUGCGAGAGCAUCCGCGGCAUUGGGCCCAAGCGUGCUGUUGAGCUCAUCAGGGAGCACAAAACCAUUGAGAAGAUCAUUCAGCAGAUAGACACCAAGAAGUACCCUCUGCCUGAGAACUGGCUCCACAAAGAGGCCCAGAAGCUCUUCCUAGAGCCUGAUGUGGUCAACCCUGACACUGUUGAGCUGAAGUGGACGGAGCCGAACGAAGAGGAGCUUGUCCAGUUUAUGUGUGCGGAGAAGCAGUUCAAUGAAGAACGGAUCCGCAACGGGGUCAAGAGGCUGAGCAAAAGCCGGCAGGGCAGCAUGCAGGGCCGGCUGGACGACUUCUUCAAGGUGACAGGCUCCAUCACCUCAGCCAAGCGCAAAGAGCCAGAGACCAAGGGGUCGGCCAAGAAGAAAGCCAAGACCAGCAACACCGCAAAGAACAAAAAGGGGAAAUAGCCAGACUGGCUGACUGCAACCCCCUGUGAUUGGUUUUUAUGCUCAACCAGGAAUUUUAGGCUAAUAAUAAACGGUCGUUUUUCUGUUCUGCGUGUUAGUGCUAGGAAGGAUCCUGCUCGAGUGCUUCCCAACAAGGCUAAGUUAGUGAAUCAGAUAAGCAUCUUCCUGCGCAGCAGUAGUAAUGUAUGAAGUGAGGAGAGAGCUGAAACAACCACAACAUGGAGGGGUGAGGAACCUGGGGGUCCCGUUCAGCGGCAGUGUUCAUCCAUUUGAGACUCAAUGAGACCACCAGGACCAGAGGUGAUUCCCAGGCUGUGCAUUAAAGGGAGGUGCUGAUCACAAACACACUCUCUGAUUUAAGAAAUAAAAGUGAACAGUCAGAGAGCAAACUGGGUACAAAUGGUAAAAUUUCUGCCUGACAAUCCAUCCAAAAAAGAGGUAGGUGCAAGAAGCAGAGGCUGACAGAAAAACUGGGAGAUGUGAAUGGAAGGCAAGGUGGAGUUGGGAAGGAGACUUGAAAUAAGGAGGUAAAAUUCUCCCUUUACUGAGGAUUUGGUAUAGGUUCAUUCUUAUUGUAGUCAUUUUUCUUUGUUUAAAAAAAAAAAAUUGUAAUCCUGCUUCCAGCAAAGUUCUGCCUGCUCUGAGUGCUUUAAGUGAGGGCAAGCUGAGCUGAGACUGCAUCUCUCCAAACCUGAAUUUGGCUGUUAGGUUCUGUUUGAUGUUUAAA